AUGGAGACCACCGAAUCUCCCACCGGCCCCUCAAAUUCGGGGUUGACACUGCCUCCAGUUGCCAAUUCAGCACAACCUUUACAUCGACGCUCGGUCGAUGGCGAGCUCUCCCCCAGAGCCCGUCGGCUAAGCGGCGAACCGGCCAAUUCCUCCAUCAAACCUUACAGCACCCCCGAGAUAGAGGGGAUGAACACGGUCCUGUACGCCAACCUUACCCUCAACGAGGGAGAUACGCUCGUUUAUGUCGACGUCCCCUCCUUACCUGAAGAUCAGCGCAUGAAAACCACUUGCGGCGGCAUUACCCCUGCAUCACAGCACUUUUUGGUCCACUCAAGCAAUCUUUUUGCCCUCUCAGACUCUAAGUUCCCCCAAAUGCUGGACAAUGCCAUCUACCAAGCCCGUGUAAAGCGACGCAGAAAACCAACAGAGGACCAGCUCCAGGGCGUCAAGUAUCUACUAGACCUUACACCUCCCACCGAGGGCGACGACCUCGUCUUCCAGAUUUCCGAGUUGUCACUCACACCAGGCAUCAUCAAGUAUUGGAGUGCGAAAGCACUCUUCAGCAUUGACCAAGAGUUGGUCACUGGUCAUGACGAUGUUUGCCCUUGCUCAUCUGACCAAGUCUCCAUACCCAUCCCUUCCCCUACAUUGGAAAUUUCUCAAGAUCCGGCUAAACAGGACGACGAUGGAAUUUCACCUACCUUUGUGCAGAAUAUACCCCAGAAGAUGAUCUCAGUCACCAUACCCCCGAGCGUUAGUGAUAUGGAAAUUUUGAAAGAGAAGGGCCAAGAUACGCUCAUGGACCCUCCCAACCACUACCAGAUACCCGACUACUGUGUCAUUCGUCAUUGCCACAGUAUAAUCCGUUUCAUGUUGAUGAUCGAGGGGGUAAACGUCAACCUGAACUCCGCCGCUCGGGUAUGGUCUAUGGUAGCAAUCAGCAAGAUCUUUGAAGCACCAUCUGUGAUUCGUGAUCAGGUUGCUAGCUGGAUAAUGUCAAACACUACGUUUAUUGAAGUUCUACCCGAAGAGGCUUUCCGAAUUGGCUACAGGCUUCAGCUACCAGAAAUCACCCAGGCAGCCUUCAGAAUCCUCGUCAACGAACUAGCACUUGAAGAGGCUGCCGACGGCUUUGAACCUGGUAAGCCCCGCCGCCAGGUGUCGGUAUUUGGCAGACGGCUUGGGAGCACCGACGACGAGACAGUCAAUGUCAUCCAGCAUGCAGCUCGUGCUUUUACUGACAGGAUUGUGAAGCAACACCACGAAACCAUUGCUCCGGCUCUGCUCGACAGGCUCGAAUUAGAGGAGUGGGAGAAACUGAAAACUCUCGAACAAGCCCUUGAGCAAGAAGACGAGUCUUUGGGUUUUCUCCUACUGAAACUCCGUUCGCUCAUGAGAGAGAUCCAAAAUUAUGUCACGAGCAACUUGAAUUCGGCAUUGUACAGGUGCGCUGACUGGGAUUGUUCUUAUCUUGACAAAGACCGCGUCUUGUACACCGAGCCAAAGGAUUUCAAGCCUCUACGAGAUAUUCUGUUGAAAUUCAACACGACCCAAAAACUUCUUUGUCCUAUUGUCUCUACAACGAUUAGAAAUGACUUGACGAGCAUUACCAAAGAUGUAUACUUUAGGCAGGAGAUACAGUCUUUGAAGCGAGAAUUGCUGCUCGCAGUAGCUCGGGCACCAUAUGGCAGGGAUUUCUCCUCAUGGGGACCUGUUCUCGAACGGAUUCCUGACAAUGCGCUCAUGCAACGACCCUACAUAGUGAAGGAGCCGUUGCUCAACCUGGGAAAGCUCCGCUCGGACAUCGUCGACGGAUUAGCAAUCACCAAGACUUGGGACCGUAUCAAGCAUAGGUUCCAGUUUGCCCUGCCUCUGACUCGCCACAUGCUUCUUACCCUCAACGAUAACGAGAUGAAGUAUCUUCCCCUGUGGGCGGGCGGAAAUGAUGACGGCACGGGUGGUGUCUUUGAGGACUUCCUCCCACCCGCGGAGAUGGGGCCUAACGGGCCUGGCCCAGCCUACCACACCGGGCAGACUUUACUUUCAGAGACAUCCAGUGUCUCGGGUUCACUGAUGGACGAGCUAGAGGCCAUAGAUAUCGCUGGAAGCUCAGUCGCUCGGUCGGUAGACGUGCAGGAUGGUACCUCGACGGUGUACCGCCCGGACCGAGUCAUCGCCCUUGGGUCUUCCAUUGCCUCUGAGAGCUUUUAUGACGGUGCCUCUGAAUUCGACCGGGCUGUAUGGGCGGCCCCUGCAGCUCACCAGGAUGUCCCAGGCCUGGACGACGUGGAUAUAUCGGUGCCCGGAGAUGAUGACUCCGGGUCUGACGCAACCAUUACUUCCUUCGGAGAUGAUUUCGACGAUGAUCUCGAUGAUAACUUCGAUGGCGACAUUUAA